CCACUACGAAGACUCACAUUGUAACAUGGCACAACAACAACCGAGAAACCUGGACGACCUCCUGAAAUGGAGCAUUGCACAGCAAGGCGCAGACCCGGACGCGAGGGCCGCCAACGGCCAGACGAUGCACGAUGUGGCGGCGGAUCUGCAGGCAGGAAGGCGACCGGAUCUCGCCGACCCAGGGCUAUACGAUGCACUGAUGGGCAAGAACGAGGCACAGAUGAUGAAGGAAGAGCUCAGUGCUGCCAUGGAUACCUCGAGGAGUGAAGACGAUCGAGUCACCGCCCUGGACAACUUUGAGAUGCUCAUUGAACAGAUCGACAAUGCAAACAACGUCAACAACAUGAAGAUGUGGGAGCCCAUCUUGUCGCUCCUGACCGCCUCGUCUUCAACACCUCGGAUCCAGCACGCAGUCCUGUGGAUCGUCGGAACAGCGGUGCAGAACAACGACAAAGCGCAGAUGGCCAUCCUGGCCUACAAGCCCCUCACACCCAUCCUCUACCUCCUGCGGAGCAGCCAGGACGGCGAAGUGCGGAGCAAGGCCAUGUAUGCCCUCAGCGGUAUCCUCAAGCACAGCCCGUCGGCCGUCGCGCUGUUCGACAAGGACGAGCAGGGUUGGAUGGCCCUCAAGGGCGCGCUCUUGGAUCCCAAUGUUGCCUUGAGGCGCAAGGCAGCCUUCCUCAUCAACUCGCUCCUGCUCCAGGACGACUCGGUGCCCACCACAACGGCAACCACAGGAUCUACUGCUGUCGCACCCAUGCCCGAUUCCAUCAACAGUGCCUCCUCGACCCGAUCGGACCCCCACGGCCAGCCGCCGUUGGAGAGGGGGCCUGAGACGCUGCUUUCGGGCGUGGCACACCCCCCGAUUCCGCCUGCACUCCUCUCUUCGGGCCUCCUACAGGCCCUGAUCGCCUCGCUCCUGCUCUCGCACGUCCACACCUCGCUCUCAUCGCUGCGUGACGUCGAUGUGCCCCUCGCUGGCGGGCCCGACGGCGACCAGGACCCCCGAUCGGACCUCGACUAUUCAGAAAAGGCCUCGCGAGCCUGCCUGACCUUUGUCGAUCGCGCGCGCGAGCAGCACCUCAAGCUGCCGGACCCAAAGCCGGCGGCGGAGCUCUUUGAGGCACUCCAAAAGGAUCUCGAGGGCCCAGCCAUCGAAAAGGAUGCGUCAGCCGGUAUUGAGACGCGGUGGCAGGAGUUGGGUCUCGAUCGCAACGAGGUCGAGGCAUUUGAGAGGGGCUGGAAGGAGCUGCUUCAGCAGUAG